UUCCAUAAAAAGAUAAAAAAGGUAACGCAUACACAUACUAUUAGGAAGUGAGCCUAGUCAGUGUGAAUACGAUGAAUAAUUCCGGUGCAGCGACGCCACCAUUGGCCACCCAGCAAUCACAUCUCCGCCAACUCUCGGAGUCUCUCUCCGCGUUCCAACAAUGCUUUAGUGAUCUACAACUACACAUUAAUUCCAUCCGUACCUCCAUCGACUCUUUACUGCCACCGCCUCACACAAGUAACUCCACUCCUUUACUCGCCACAUCAUCACAGCCCGCAGCACCAGCCCCGGAACCCGAACCCGAACCAUCUUGGGAAUCUGAUCCCUCUGAAGACAUAGAAGAAGAAGAAGUCGAGGGAGAGGAAAAGGAUGUGCAAAAAGAAGAAUACAACGAGAAAGUGAAAGAAGAAGAAGUGAAUUCUCCUCAUUCAGAGUUGAAACCGUCUCGUUCGGAGUUGAUUACGCCUGGUUCGGAGUUGAAAUCGCCCGGUUCGGAGUUGGAAAUCUUAUGCCAAACAAUGGACAGUGAAGGUCUACGGGAGUAUAUGAUAACACAUAUCCAAUAUACUCACGAACUGCGUGUACAAGUUCCUAAAGCAUUGAAACUUUCACCCGGACCAGCAAGUCUUGUAUUUAAAUGUAUGGGCAAGUUUUAUAACAAAGGGAGCAAGUCGUAUGUUAAUAACUCACCUUUGAUCCAGGAAAGGAAGACCAAAGUACAUCAUAGAAAAAGAGCCAAAAGGAAGGCUUUAGUAUUGCUUUUGGAGUGUUUCUUGUUGAUGAUGGGAACCGACGACGAUAAUAAGGGAUUUGAGAUUGAGAAAGAGGUGAAGGAAGAGGCAGAGCAAGCAGCUUUAGCAUGGUUAAAGAGGAUGAAUCUUGAAGGUGGUGUAAAACAGGCUCAAGAAAUGGAUGCCCGGGGAUUGCUCAUGUUUAUUGGGUGUUUUGGGAUUCCAGAUAAAUUUAAUGACGCAUGUAUCAGAGAUUUACUUCAGGUAAGUAAUAUUAAUUGGAUUUCUGAUGCUAUUAGGAGAUCUAAUGUUCUCAUGGCAAAGAUUCCAGAAAUAAUAGGGGACAUGGUGGCCAAUAAGACAGUAGUUAAAGCUGUUCACAUUGCCUAUUGUUUUGGAAUUCAGGACAGGUUUAACCCUAAGAAACUUUUGGCAUCAUUUUUAAGAGAGUCUAAAAGUUCAUUUGACAAAAUGAAUGGAUCACAAGGUGCACAUCCAGGGAAUAUCGGAGCAAAAAGGAAGUACUUGAAUGAUCUGAAAUCGGUCAUUAAAUGUUUGCGAUGUCACAAUAUUGAUCCUGCAAAACUUCUUGGGGGUUGGCAAAUCAAUAUGAGAAUAAUGAGCUUGGAGAAAGAAAUUGCUGAAUUCAAUAAGCAGAUAGCUGAUCAUAAGAUGGCACAACCAAAUGCUGGAUUACGUAAGAGAAAAGUCUAUGAAACUGAGUGGUUGAGCAACCAAGAAGUGAAACGCUCACAUUUUUCAAAUCCAUGGCCGCCACAUCAGCAGCAAAGAGUUGUUGUUAAUCAUGUUGUUAGCAACAACACCUUGUUAGAAGGUGGUGGAACUGCUGGCCACAAUUAUGGUUAUUCUAUGUCCCCUCCGGUAUUGCAUGGACCUGUUGCCGGCUCAAUACAUGAAAAUGUUGUUGGUUCACUGGCGGGAGCCCUGGUAGGUGCGGCCAUGGUUGGACCUGGAGCUGGUAUAUUGCCAAGUCCGCAAGGAGGUGCAUAUGCUGGAGGUCAUGGAGGGAGUCGAGUUGAUAGUACACCCAGGCAAGUAGGAAGUCAUGCUGGUCAAUUACAUGGAUCGUGUGGUAAUGCUUAUAGGCCUGUGCCAUACAUGGAAAGCUCUAAGGGGUUGCCAAACACCGUACCUGGUGAUGCUAAUAGGCGAUCACCACCACAGUUGGAAGUCUCUACGGGGUUGCCAAACACUAUACCUCCACUAUAUCAGUUUGCUGGUACUGUUCCAGCAACUGAACAAAACCAAAGCAGUGGCUCACAGGCAGUUGAUGCUCAUCCUUCGUCCCCCUUGUACCGUAGUUUUGCAUUGGCCAGACAUAACUUUUUCCUUUAGUUUCCAUUUCUGUAGUAUGUAAAGCCAGUCUAGAUGUGGUUUCUACCGUCAAAGAAAUGUUUGUGUUUCAUUAGCUAAUAAAAAUCCUAGCUUGGCCCAGUUUGUCCAAAUAUGUCUAGAAUUUUAUCUUUAUUUUGGCCCAUUUGUUGCUAUUCUUCUCAAUUAUUAGAUGACAAAUAAUCCUGGAAAGUUGGCUUCUCGUGCUGUUAAAUGAUUACGACAUGUCGCUAUUGAGUCUUCGCCCUCCAUAAAUGCAUUUAUCUUAUUUCGUCGAACAUCGUACACACUUAGCUUGUGGUUUGUUGUUUUUUCUGUAUGAUAUGUUCUUAUAUCUAUGUAACAAGUCAUUUGCUGGUAAUUCAUGUGUGAUGAUCGGAAACAUGUUUGCGUAGAAGGGAACCGCAUACUCAACAUCUUUUCCUUCUCUAAAGCUUAAGGGUUAAUGGGAUGGGGAGUUGGAUAUGUAAGUAUUGGUCAUUCUCAUUCCCUUUUUUAUUCUGAUCUGAAACAGAAAAAAUUUCGGACCAGCAUGGCAAUGUUCUUUUCAAGACUGGAAAGGCAGUAUAGCCCCUUCUCUGUCUCUUCUGUCUCAUGAUGGUUUAUCCUUUUUUAAUCAGAUUUUCUUGUUUGUGGGAGUUUAAAUAAUUAUCUGUACUUAUAUAUGUCAUUUUUUUUCUUCUCGCCUUAUCAUAUGGACAUUAUUUCAAUAAUGACCUUUUUUGAAAUUGAAUCGUUUUCACACUUUGCAUUGUGUUGAUUGCAGGUCCUGUGAUGACCCACUUGCAU